GAUGGUAGCGAAGUUUUUUUUUAAAGCGAUUUAAGCUCAAUUUAAUUAGUUAUUAAUGAUAGAGAAUAUUAUGUAAAUCCAAAUAGACCAAUUAAUUGAAUACCAUAUUUUCUAAAGUGGUAAACCAAUAUAGUUACUCCUACGAGUUGAAGUUAAAGACAAACUUUUGAACUUGAUGGCCUUCACGUUAAAUAUUUCUCAACUUUGUUCAACCUACGGAUUAUGUGAGAAUUGCUUAGAUUAGGUCAUUUAAGGAAGGAGACGAAACUUAGAGUUUUUAUUUUACAUUCUUCGGCUCGGUAUAAGUGUGUUUCAAGUACUUUCUAGUGGAAUUGCUUCCGUGUAACAAUCUGAAUUACGACAUUAUUCUUCGCAUGUUUUAUCCUCAUAUAUUUACAUACAUCAAUCACUUCUAUUAUUGUGUACACUAGAGCGUAGCAUUGGUAUUCCAUAUUUGUCGUAUUCACGAUUAUAUUCAUUGUAAAAUACAGAAGUUGACAAAAAUGCCAAGGAAGCUGUUGAAAUUUUUGAUUGUGUUUGAUAACACAUCAUUGUUAUACUUUCCGGGUCAGUUUCUGUCUGGGAAAGUGUUAAUGGAAUUGCAAGAUGAUACACCAGUGUUAGGUCUACAUUUCCAUGUUAUUGGCGAAGGUGUAGUGCGAGUGGGCUCAGGGCGACAUGAGCGAUUGUUUGACAAGGAGAAUUAUAUUGAUUUUAGGAUGCGUCUCCUUGGUGAAUCAGGUCAUACACCAUCUUUACUGUCUCCGGGCAUUCACAGUUUUCCAUUUAAACUUGGUCUGCCAAUGGGACUACCAUCAACAUUCCUGGGCACUCACGGCUGGGUCCAGUACUAUUGUAAAGCAGCAUUGAGAGAACCAAAUGGCUUAACUCAUAAGAAUCAGCAAGUUUUUAUUGUCAUGAAUCCCAUUGAUUUGAAUGUAGAGCCUCCUGUGUUAUCUCAAGAGUUAGAAUGCAGUAUUGAGCACCGGGUGGGCGUGGGGUGCGUGGGCGGCGGCGCGGUGGCGUGCAGCGUGGCGCUGGACCGCGGCGCCUACGUGCCCGGCGAGAGCAUCGCGCUCUCCGCACGACUUGUUAACAAUUCUCGCACCGCUAUCAAGUGCACGCGUGCCGCAUUAACUGAGACUAUCCAGUACUGCGCGCACGGCAAGGUGGCGGCGAAGGAGGUGCGCGAGCUGGCGACGCUGCGGCACGGCAAGACGCGGCCCGGCGGCAGCGACGUGUGGCGCCGCGAGCUGCUGUACGUGCCGCCGCUGCCGCCCACCAACCUGCGCGGCUGCCACCUCAUCGCCGUGCACUACGACGUCUACUUCAUAAUAGAGCCGAAGAGCCUAGAGAAGGAGGUGAAGCUGCAGCUGCCGAUAGUGCUGGGUACGUACCCGUUCCGCGAGCGGGAGGAGGGAGAGGGCGAGGGCGCGGAGGGUGCGCCGCAGCCGCCCACGCACUACCCCACCACGCUGCCCGUCUUCCGCGCCUGGCUGCACGACAAGCCGCGCUGACCACACCUCCCCCCCACACUCACCACACCUCCCCCCACACUCACCACACAUACCAUACAUGAGGGGUAUAAAUGCAAAUAUGCUUGUCUUUUAUUUAAUACUAGGUAUACCAAAUUGUUUAACAAGCAACAAUGUCGUAUACGUAGUUAUAAAUAUUGAAAAGUAUGGAUUGAAGCGUAUUUGCUUUAAUACCUUAUGCUGAUAUAAUCAAACAUUCCAUUAUUUUUUAAAUUUCAAUUUUGCUCAAUGUAGAGCUUUAAAUUUGUCCGUAUUGGUAUUUUUUUGCUCUUCAAGGGAAUUACUGAGUUUUACAAUAAUAUUCGUAUAUGUACUUAAGUAUACUCUAUGUUUUACAUUCGACAAACAUAUCAAAUUAGUCUAAUAAAAACAUUAAUUACUUCGCCAUUUUACUAGGGCGUGAAAUGCAAAACAUUUUAUUUUUUUAUGUAAUAAAUAUUAAAAUUUAUUAACAUGCUUUAUAUACCUUGUAAGCGUUUGUAAAAUGUAUUCUUAGAUUUAAGUUAAUUAAGAGAACUAUGAAUGCAAUAAAAAAAUUUAAAUAUUUUUUUACUUUUGUAUACUGUUUUUUGCAAUUUCUUACUGAUUAUAUGUCAACGAUCAAUCAUAAAUUGUUUGUUUUGGAUGUCUGUCCAAUUGAAACGGUAGUUUAGUUUUUUUUUUCGAAUAUCCUGUGUGAAGUCGAGGUGCACUGCUAGUAAUUUAAAAUGAUUUUUAAAAAGAUGAUAAAGUGCUUUUUUACAUUUUUAUGGAUGCUGUUAUAUUUUAUAAAUGGUGCCAUUUAUUGUUAAAUUAAAAGUGGAAUUUUCGCUUCAAAAUUCAAAUAUGAUUGUUGUUACUUAGAUUAUUGGGUACUUUCUGAUUUUUGACAGAUACUAUAUUGAGUUUUAGAUUUUGAAAUAUUUACUUUGCUUGUUUACAUGUCAAUGUAUUAAUUUUAUG